AUGGGACUAAGCCUCAGCCCUGGGCGCCUGAACCCCGCGCCCGCGAUCCGUGACACCGCGGCGGGUGAGGACGGCGCCAACACCCCAAAUAGCCAGGGCGCCCGAGGCAGGACACCUUCCCGGCCCGGAUCUCGACACCACCCGUCCCGCAACGCUCUCCCAGCCUCCAACACCGCCGCUGUCGCCACCGCCUCGGGCUUUAUGGCCAAGGCUCAGGCCCCGCUCCCACUUCCGCCACCGCCGCCGCCCCGAGCGGAAGAGAUCGGAUCACGUGGUAUAAACAUGUCUGCUCUCCGUGUGGAAAUCGCCAUCUAUGGGACCCCGUGCGCCCCCACGCAGAGCCUAUGCUUUGAUCUUUUUAACGACGCAAAUGGUUCCCUGCAAGGGCUGCAGCACUGCCUGGUUUCGCUGCUGCAGAGACAAGGAAGCCUGUUCCUUCGCGGGAGGCAGCUGAGGUUGGAGGGCUUCCUCCCAGUGUCUCCGCGAGGGUCUCAGGGAACAUCGCCUCGGGGCUCCGUAAUCAGGUGCCACCAGCCCGCGCCGAGGCACCGCGGUCCCCCGCACCGCACAGGGGACAGGCCCUCGGAUGGCAGUGACCUCGAGCGCCUCGCCUCGUGCCGCCGGCAUCUUGGGACUCGGGCCGCCACCUUGAGGGACCAUGCGACCUCCGCCGCGGCCGACCUCCGCCGCGGCCGUCUUUCCCGGGAAUCUGCCCGCGAGCGCCGUACGCAAACCACCGCGCUCCCCCGGCAGGAAAACGUUUCGCUUUUCGUGCACACACAGAACCAGCUGCCAUCUUCUACGGCAGACUCCUUCACUUCCGGAGCCGACCUCUUCUACUUCCGGAUCCGACAGCCUGACGUCGGGUCGGAUGUGCGAGCCAACAUGUCGUCUCCUGCCCCCUGGGGGCGGUGCGGAGGUAGUGGUGCCGUUUUUGAACUCUGGGGGAGUCUGCUUCCGGGUCGACUUGGGCUCCCUUCUUUGAAGGAUGACCUCGAGGAAGAAAGUGUUACUGAAGGUUAUCAUCCUGGGCGAUUCGGGGGUCGGCAAGACAUCACUUAUGAACCAGUAUGUGAACAAGAAAUUCAGUAACCAGUACAAAGCCACAAUAGGAGCAGACUUCCUGACCAAGGAGGUGAUGGUGGAUGACAGACUAGUCACCAUGCAGGUAGGCCUGCCUCCCGCCUUGCUCGCUAUCUCGGUGUUUUCCUUCCCCGCUCUCAGACCUCAUGGUUGUAUUUGUGGGUAGUUGGCUGUGGGCAGAAUUAUCAAACACAUGGGCCGGGGAUUUAGCUCAGUGGUUUUGCCACCUGCUGCGCAAGCGUAAGGACCCAAGUUCGAUGCCCAGUACCAAAACCCAAAAAGAAUUAUCAAACACAUACACCAGACACCUGGGUUAAGUUUACACCCCACCCCUCACCCGCCCUUUGUGACACCAAGAAUGGACCCAAGGGCUCCUGCAUGCAGAGUUGGAACUGUACUGCCUCAGGCUGCAGAUGUACCUCAGUGGUAGAGCACAUUUCUGGUGUGCUUGAGGUUCUAGAUUCCACUCCCAGCACCAUUAAAAACAAGGAAUUGUACCACUGAGCCACACCUCAGCCCUAAAUUAGAACUUCAUAUAAGGCAUACUAAAAUUUGGUGAUGGUUUUUGUGAAAUUCAGAUUUCACUGGGCUUCCUGGGUUUAUUUGUUGUUGUAGUUUGUCCUGGGUUUGAGGUUUUGGUUUUUGCUAAAUCUGGCAUCUUACGCCUUCCUGCCUGUGUUCCAAAAUGUCUUCAGUUUUUAUCCGUUUUUUGUGGCGCUGGGGGUUGGAGCCAGGACCUUGCUGCACUGCUAAGUUGCCCACCCACCCAGCCCUUGGGAGGCUCGGAAGGCAGGGCUGGGUCUCUCAGGCUGAGGAGGUGGACAAGGCUUAUGGACCCACAGGUUGGGGGCUUUGCCCUCUCAUAGAAGGAUUCGUGGUCCCACUCUCCAUAGUUCAUACUCUGCCAGGAAUGGAAAUCUGUCUGAAGAGUUUAACAUAGCAAAGACAACUCUGUAGGGACACCCCGAAACUAGGGAAGACAUGCGUACAGCUAAUGAGGAAAUGUAUGCCAGGAGAAAUGUUCAUAAUGACAAAGACCUCUGGAGGGAAGUCUUCAGUGGGAAAAGACACUAUAAAAUGAGGAUAUGAAAAAACAUCUUCAAGGACC